AUGGACAGCAAUGUGAGGAACCCUGAGAGUGAGGUUUGGAUUAGGUCUCUGAAUAAAGACAAUAAAGAUUCCCUUCUGGAGUGGACAGAGAGGUGUAAUAUUAGUCUUGUACAGGUCAAUGGUCAGAGGAAAUAUGGUGGCCCUCCUGCAGGCUGGGUUGGAGAAGCUCGUCCACUUGGGGCAGAAAUCUUUAUUAACAAUCUCCCUCAAGAAAUCUAUGAAGAUAAAAUAAUUCCCCUUUUUCAGACUGCUGGAGCAUUGUACGAGUUUCGUCUUAUGAUGACUUUUAGUGGACUUAAUCGAGGGUUUGGUUUUGCCCGAUAUACCAAAGUGCACCAUGCAGAGCUAGCGGUCUCCAUGUUUCAUGGAUAUGAGAUUCUACCUGGCUGCAAGAUUGGUGUCUGCAAAAGCAUUGAAAAAUGUCACCUGGAGCUGGAUGGUUUGCCAUGUGUCCUGGACAAAGUCACCCUUACCAGUGUCCUGAGGGAAAUGACCGCUGACCUGGAGAAAUUUUCUCUUUUUGCUAGUCGAAACGUGGGAAUGGAAAAUCUUGCUAUCUUGAAAUACAGUUCCCACAGAGCUGCCACCAUGGCAAAAAGAAUCCUGUGUUCCCAUUCACUUUUUGGUUAUCGCUUCCAGAUGAAAUGGAUGAAGAACUCCAUAAAGAAAAAACUGCACUUGGAGGCUCUUCUAAAGCCUCAUUCCAGUGUCAUUCAAAUGAGCUUAAAUGUGGAACUUGAAAAAAAAACAAGGCAGUACUUGGGUCAUCGGUUCAAAUCCCAGCCAUGGCACCACCUGCCUGGAGUUUGCAUGUUCUCCCUGUGCCUGCGUGGGUUUCCUCCGGGUACUCCGGUUUCCUCCCACACUCCAAAGACAUGCUGGUAG